AUGUGGAAGCCGUCGGAGAGGCUGAUGGAGACCAUCAGACAUUAUGCCAGCUUCCCCGCCACUGGUGUCUCCCUUCGGCAGAUGGUCCAAUUUGGAGACAGGCCUUCGACCGGGACUCUUUUUCGCGCCUCUCAAUUCCUCUCCGAGGAACUCCCAAUUCGACUCGCUCACCGUGUCCAGGACCUGGGGGAACUCCCUGAUGGACUCAGCGAAAUGCCCUCUAUCAAAAAGGUCCAGGACUGGUAUGCGCAAUCGUUCGAGAUCCUCUCGGAAACCACUCAGAACCCUAGUAUCAAGGAAGGGCAAUACCGGUCCUCUCCCACCUCGGCAUUGAAUCAUAAUGGAAACGGAAAGGCUGCUGCCACCGCGGCUCGAAGAUAUUUUGUACCUUCCGAUGACCAGGGCAAUUGGCCUCCGGAGUUGAAUGAUUAUAACGAACGCUUCGCGAAGACUCUCCAGCAUAUUAAACGACGACACGACAGCGUUGUAACCACUGUGGCUCAGGGUAUUCUGGAAUGGAAGCGCAAACGCCAAAGAUUACAGAUUGACUCGACCGUUCAGUCCUUCCUCGAUCGAUUUUAUAUGUCUCGGAUAGGUAUACGUAUGCUAAUCGGCCAACAUAUCGCUUUGACAGAACAAACGCACGUCCGCCAUCCAAAUUACGUUGGUAUUAUCUGUACGAAGACAAAUGUUCGUGAAGUCGCCCUCGAAGCUAUUGAUAAUGCCCGAUUCGUGUGUGAAGAUUACUAUGGUCUGUUCGAAGCUCCGAAGGUCCAGCUUGUCUGCAAAGAUGACCUGAACUUCAUGUACGUCCCGGGCCACUUGUCUCAUAUGCUCUUUGAAACCCUCAAGAACUCCCUUCGUGCAGUGGUAGAGACCCAUGGUGCAGACAAGGAAGCUUUCCCAGUCACCAAAGUCAUCAUUGCCGAAGGAAAAGAAGACAUCACUAUCAAGGUGUCCGACGAGGGUGGUGGAAUUCCCCGUUCUUCUAUCCCCUUGGUUUGGACGUACAUGUACACUACGGUCGAGCAAACACCCAAUUUGGAUCCCGAUUUUGACAAAAGCGACUUCAAAGCCCCUAUGGCCGGCUUCGGGUAUGGAUUACCUAUCAGUCGUUUGUAUGCUCGGUACUUCGGUGGGGACUUGAAAUUAAUCAGCAUGGAAGGAUAUGGUACGGAUGUUUAUCUUCAUUUGAACCGACUUUCCUCGAGCUCGGAGCCCCUGCAAUGA